AUGUAUCUGUUUACACACACUUUGGUUUCUUUUGUCUCUGUCAUCUUGCUGCCUUUUUCUCUGUCGUUUUAUCUCCCUGACUCCAGCCCACUUUUACACUUGAAUAAUCAAGUCAGAGAGGUGCACCUCUACACAGAUAAUCACAGAAGAGGCAUGUAUUUGCAGAUGACGUUGGAUGGUGGAGUGUCAGGAAGUGACGCUCAGACUCUUCACAGUGUGAUGGAGCUGAAAUCUAUAAAUCCAGGAAGCACAGUCAUCAAAGGGCACUCAUCGUCUCUGUUUCUCUGUGUGGACAGUGAGGGCCAUUUAAGAGGGCAGAGACAAUACGUGGAAGCUGACUGCACCUUCAGAGAGUUGCUCCUGGCAGACGGAUACACUCGUUUCCUCUCCUCACACCAUGGAGUCCCGGUGUCUCUGGCAUCCAAACACUCCCCAGAUCGACACACGGCGCUCCCCUUCACACGGUUCCUACCGCUCAGGAAUACUUUGGCAGGCGAGAGUGCGACUGAACAGCCACCAAACAAUGAGAGGUAUUUGAACGUGGACUCUGAUGAUCUUCUUGGAAUGGGUCUAAACACUGUGGGCAGUCCUCAGUUCUCCAUGGACAAGUAA